AUGGCAUCCACCACCGACGCACGAGCCUCAGAGCUCAAGGAGCAAGGCGCCAUCGAAGCCGCCGCGGAUCCCGCACAGCCCGUGACCGCCGCCGACGCAGAGAGAACGAUCGUCGAAGAAGCGAAGAAGGCCGGAAGCGCCGCGUACCAAUUCGAUCCGGAUGCCUCGGCCGCGGAGAAGGCCGCCCAGGUGAAGGCGGAAAUACCCCCAGGGUUGACGAAAGAGCGGAAUCCGCGGGCGUCGGCCCUCGUUACAGAUAUUGACGACGGAACCGGCGCGGAAUACGACUUGCCUUCGCCUUCGAGGGCGGGGGUGGUGGAGCCGGGUUCGCUGGCGCAGGCCGAGGACGCGAAUGGGGCGUUGUCGGAGGAGGAUAAGGAGACGUGGGAGAAGGUGGGGUGGGCGCCGAGAUUUGGGAUGCCGAAGGUCCUAGGAGAGGACGAAGAUGCAAGCUUGCUGGACCACCAGACGAUGCUAGAGGGGAAGCUCUCGGAAACGCUAUACGGAGACUGGUACCACAAUACGGGGAUCAUUAUCUUCGCCAGUCUUACGAAUUGGGUAGUCGGCAUCCUCGGUGGUGGCUUAGGAUGGGUGUUCAUCAUUCUGGCAUUCUGCGGUACAUACUACCGAACCUCGAUCCGCCGCGUACGACGCAACUUCCGCGACGACAUUUCCCGCGAAAUGGCGAAGACGAAGCUCGAAACCGACACCGAAACCCUCGAGUGGAUCAACAGCUUCCUACUCAAGUUCUGGCCCAUUUAUGCACCGGUACUUUGCAAGACAAUCGUCAGCUCGGUCGACCAGGUCCUAUCCGUGUCUACCCCUCCUUUCUUGGAAGGCCUGCGCAUGAAGACGUUCACGUUGGGCACCAAACCCCCGAGACUGGAACACGUGAAGACCUAUCCGAGAGCGGAUGACGACAUCGUCUUGAUGGACUGGAAAUUUAGCUUCACUCCGAAUGACACGGCCGAUAUGACGGCGCGGCAGAUCAAUAUUAAGGAGAACCCGAAGGUCGUCCUUGAGGUUCGCGUCGGGAAAGGCGUCGUCAGCAAGGGCCUCGACGUCAUUGUGGAAGACAUGGCGUGCACGGGUCUGAUCCGGGUCAAAGUGAAGCUUCAGCUCCCCUUCCCGCAUAUCGAACGCGUGGAUAUCUCCUUCCUGGGACGGCCGGAGAUCGACUAUGUCUGCAAGCCGAUCGGAGGCGACAUUUUCGGUCUGGAUAUGGGGUUCAUUCCAGGGCUGCAGAGCUUUAUUAUGGAAAUGAUCCACGGGACGUUGGCACCGAUGAUGUACGACCCGAACGUUUUCCCGAUCGAGGUCGCGAAGAUGUUGGCGGGAACGCCGGUCGACCAGGCCAUCGGUGUGCUGCAGGUGACUUUCCAUGGUGCGCAAGGGCUGAAGAACUCCGAUAAGCUUGCAGGGACUCCAGAUCCUUACGCGGUAGUCUCGAUCAAUAACCGCGCCGAGCUUGCCCGCACGAAAACGAUUUAUGAGAAUGCAAAUCCACGAUGGGGCGAGACUAUCAACGUCAUUGUGUCAAGCCUCAAGGACUCGCUUACAGUUCCGAUCUAUGAUUACAACCAGUACCGUAACGACAAGGAGCUUGGUGUUGCUACGUUCCCUCUCGAGAAGCUGGAGGACGACACAGAGCAUGAGAACCUGCAGCUCGAGGUUACGGCGAACGGCAAGGCACGCGGUGUGAUACAAUGCGACGUGCGCUUCUUUCCCGUGCUCGGGGGCCGCAAGCUCGACAAUGGGACCGUCGAAGCGCCGCCAGAAUCUAGCACUGGCAUCUGCCGCUUCAACGUGGAGCAAGCUAAAGCUUUAGACGGAACGAAGUCCCUCGUUGGGGCCCUUAACCCCUAUGCCGUCCUUCUCCUCAACGGAAAGGAAGUGCAAACAUCGCACAUACUCAAACGAACCAACAACCCCAUCUGGUCCGACGCUCACAAAGAGCUGCUCAUCACGAAUCGUAAGACGGCGAAGCUGGGCCUGGUCAUCAAAGAUGACCGCGACAUUACCGUGGAUCCGAUCGUUGGCAGCUACCAAAUCAAGCUGGACGACCUGAUCGACCUGUCCGAAAAAGGCCAAGAAUGGUACAACCUCUCGGGGGCAAAGACCGGCCGUGUCAAGAUGUCCGCUCAAUGGAAGCCAGUUGCUCUGAAGGGCGCGUUGGGUGGUAGCGGAGGGUACGUGACCCCGAUCGGAGUCUUGCGCUUCCACUUCCGAAACGCACAGAAUCUUCCCAACGUGGAGACCCUCGGAAAGAGCGAUCCCUAUGUCCGCGUGUUGCUCUCCAGCCUCGAGAAGGGCCGAACCGUGACGUUCAAGAACAACCUGAACCCGGACUGGGACGAGGUCCUCUACGUCCCGGUGCACACGCCGAAGGAGAAGUUGCUCAUCGAGGUCAUGGACUCCGAAAAUAUGGGACGUGACCGCCAACUCGGCCAUAUUGAGCUCUCUGCCGCGGACUACGUCUUCGAAGACGUGGAAUCCGGCGAGUUCAACGUCUACGAACCGAAGUCCUACAGCCACACGCUUCGCAGCGGACACGGCGUCCCAGGCAAAGGCACGCUGAACUACUCGGUGGGCUUCUACCCGACGCUGCACGUCGUGGAUCCAGACGAGGAAGAGGAGGAACGGGCGAAGGAGUCGAUGGACGGCGCGCCGCGACCGAGCCACGAGACGGGCGAGUCCACCCCGAAGACGAGCGUCGAGAACGGCAGGAGGAGCGCCGAGUCGGCGGCGACGCCCGACAAGCGUCUCUCCUCGCUGAAGAGCAAUGGAAACGGGAAGAACAGCAUGGAGUCGGACGACGGGGCGAUCGGGCACGUGGUGCGAAAGGAGCCGCCGAAGAUCCGGCUGACGUCUGAUGUGUUGCAGCAGUACGAUUGUGGUCUUAUUAUUUUCAAGCUGAUCGAUGGUCGGUUGGCGGAGGCCGACUGCCAUCUGGAGGUGCUGAUGGAUGAUAACGUCUUCCCGGCAUACACGAGCUCGAAAGUCAAAAACAGGACCCAUACGUUCAACGAAACCGGCGACGCGAUGGUUCGUGAGCUCGAGUCCUCCCAGAUCACGCUCCGAUUGGUUGAGGAGGUCGACAAGAAAGGAGAGGGCAAAGGCAAUAAUGUCGUGGCCAAACUGUCCGGCCCGACUAUCGACACCCUCCGACGGUGCCUCUACACGCCCACCGAACUGACCAUGUCCGAUGAGGACGGACGGCAAAGUAAGGUGACCGUAUCCCUCAAAUACCUCCCCGUGAAGAUGCGCCUCGACCCAUCCGAGUCCUUUAACAAUCAAGGCGAACUCCGUGUCGAGGUCGUCGACGCCGCCGACCUGCCCGCCGCCGAUCGGAACGGCUACUCGGAUCCGUUCUGCAAAUUCGUCCUGAACGGCAAGUCGGUGCACAAAACAGAAACGCAGAAGAAAACCCUCCAUCCCGCCUGGAACGAGAUCUUCACCGUGUCCAUCAAAUCUCGCACCGCCGCCAAAUUCGAAGUGGACGUCUACGACUGGGAUUUCGGUGACUCGGCCGACUUCCUAGGCAAAGCCGCUAUCAACCUGGACGCCCUCGAGCCCUUCCAGAAGCAGGAAGUGACUCUUGGCCUGGACGGCAAAUCCGGCGUCGUCCGCCUCCGCAUACUCUUCAAGCCGUCCUACGUCAUGCGCACCCGCCAAGGCUCCUCCACCUUCCAAGGAACCUUCGCGAAGCCCGGCACCAUCGUCGGCGCCCCCAUCAAAGGCGUCGGCAAAGGCGCCGUCCUCGUCGGCGGCUCCGUAAUCAAAGGUGCCAGCUUCAUCCGCCACGGCUUCAAAGGCAAGAAAUCCAAGCCCGCUGCCGUCCCCGACGAGGACUCCACCCUCCCCUCCACCACCUCCAGCAUCGACGGCAACGGCAACGGCGCGGCCACACCCGAACGCCGCGCCAACGACCCCCUCCCCUCCAUCGAGACUACCCCCUCGCCCUACGCCCACACCCGCCACAAGUCCUCCGGUGCCGCCUCCUACAUGUCCGGCAUCGGCGGCUCGCCCGGCGGCGCCGACAUGGGCGUUGCGCACGUCGCCAUCCUCGCCGCUAGUGGCUAUCCCACCGGCACGAACGUGCGCGUGCACGUGCACACCGUCCUCCCCAAAGCCAAAGAGAUCCUCAAAACCAAGGCGCAGAAACUCGGCGCGGACGGCGGCGACGUGCGCUGGGACGGCGCGGCCGCGGAGGAAGUCAAGCUAUCUGCGCCGGCGGACGCGCAGUUCAAACUUGUGGUCAAAGAUCACAGCACGUGGAAGGUGGACGACGAGCUCGGCGAGGCGGCGUUCUUCAUCGACGAUCAGGGGACGAGCGAGGGGGUGGAGCGGAGCGUGGUAGUGGGCGGGGGGACGGUGGUGUUGAAGACGUGGUUUGUGGCGGCAGAUGCAGAGGAGGGGGGGAAGCAUGGGGGGAGCUUGAGUCCGGGGAAGGCAUUGCGGAAGGGGCCGAGCGUGUUGAGGAGGGAUCGGAGCGCAACCCCGGCGUAG